AGGAGAGGAGAGGAUAAAAAAGAGAGAGAGAGAGAUGGUGGAGAAAAGCGAAAGGGGGUAGUUUGGGUAAUUAAAAAAGGGGAAGGAGGAUUAGGAAUUGUAACUUGUGUCUUUGUUGGAGUCGCAGUUAGAUGAAAUGAAAUGCAUUGACAGGCGAAUCACGCCCCGGGCCCUGUGAGCAGGAGGAGUAGAGCGUUGCUCUGAUUCUGAACUUUCUCUCUCUACAUUUCCUCAUUCUCUCUCUGAAUCUGCCGUCACGAGGAAGCUUCUUCUUUACAUGCAUUGUUUCUGAAUUUCCUCUUCUCUUGAGAAACCGCUUCUCUCUGCGAUGGCCUCCACUGGUGAAGGGAGGAAGCAGCAAUUCGCAAGUGGUGCAGAUGGGAACGCACCUCUCAAGUAUCCAACCUUCAAGGCUACUCCUCCUAAGCCUAGCCUCACCGAUACCCUCAUAGAUGUGUCUCCUCUUCUUGCUAAGGAGGAGGAGGAGGAGGAGACUGCUUUCCCUUUGAGAGAUGACCGUCCACUAGUCCAAGACGUGUGUACUAUCUCUGUCUUGCCUGACGAAGGCAAUCCUGUCCCGCAAUGCACCUCCCAGUUUACUCUCUUUAGCUUCGUCAAGGCUCUGCUUCCUUCUAAAAACCAGAUGUUCAUCGAUGCCCAACUCAACUGUCAGAAGACUCAGAACCGCAUCAAUGUUCUUCUGGGAGGCACUGAUUCCUACCAGUCAUGCGUCGUUGACAUUAACGUCGAGAAAGGGAACGAUGGUGAGGCCGCUGGAAAUGUCAAGUCCGAGAGUGUACAUAUGCAGAAGGUAUUGCAGAGACAAGCAAGCAUGACCACUGACUGUUAUGUUGCAGAUAAAGCAAUCUCAGAUAGAUGCCACGAUGCACCAACCAACAGGUGGAGAAGAUACAAGCGUGCCGCUUCAUUUGACUCAAGGAAAAUCGUCAUCCUUUUCUCCAUCUUAUCAAGUGUGGGAACGCUGAUAUUGAUCUACCUGACACUGAGAGUUAGGCAAAACGGAGACAACAGCUUCAAUCAUAUGUAGUCCAAACUGUAACACUGGCCUCCUUUCUUCUUCUUCCCUGCCUCUGUUUUGAAUCUUUUUUCUCCAAAAACUCGUUACUAGCUUCAUAAUGUUGAUAAGUCAACACUUUCUCUGUUAAUAACACUUGCGAGUGCAUCAAUUGCAUACGUUUCCUACCCA